AUGGACGGGGGAACCAUUGCAGCUGCCGCCAGCACCAUCCACUACGCCCUGAGUGCCAAGGGUGUUGAGUAUGGUAUAGUCGGAGGAUCAGCCGUAUCCCUUUUGUGUGCUCACUACGGAUUGGGGCAACGGUCCACGAACGAUAUCGACCUAAUCAUCAUACCCGAUCGCGAAAAGAACCUCGAUGCCUCGACCAUCUCGAAAGCGCUCUACGAAGAGUUCCCGCAGUACUUCACAAAGAUCGACCAAUACGGAGUCCAGAUCCCAGCAGUCCUGAUCGGUGGAGAGCUGGGCCACGCCGAAGUCGAAAUCUUUGACAUCGACGCGUGGCCCCAUCGGCGACAAUACGACUUGCGCGACCCAGACAACGACCGCGUGACUCUGAAAGUCAACCAGUAUCCCAUCUCGGUCCUCAGCCCGCGGUGGAUUGUCCGCGAGAAGAUUCUCUCGCAGCACCAGCGCCAGGGUGCUCAGAAAGAGAAAUCGGACAUCCUCGACAUCAAGAUGCUCCUUCCGCUCCUGGACGACGGAGCGUUGAAUUUCGACACGAAUGAGCGCAUCGAGGCUCUCAAUGCCCUGUUGGCGAAAGAGCCCGACUUGCGGGGCCAGCUGCAGGAGAAGAUUGUUUGUCCGGCAGUGUUCGAUGCCAAAGUGGCCAACCCAGAAAUCUGA